AUGCAACAGUGGAAUGGUGGUUUGCAUCCUCAAGGGGUUCCACAAGAAGCUGAAGGUGGUAGUUUCCGAGAUUUCUUCCGCAUGAAUCCUCCUGAAUUCCAUGGUGGGUUGAAUCCUGUGAAGGCUCAGGAGUGGAUAACCAGCAUGGAAAGGAUUUUUCAGAUAGUGCAUUGUAGUGAAGAGAAUAAGGUUGUGUUUUCUUCUCACAUGAUGAAAGGUACGACUGUGAGAUGUUCUUUGAGGACUCAGAAAGAGUUUGAGUUUCAACAGUUUAGGCAGGGUACUAUGACAGUAGCUGCGUAUGCUGAGAAGUUCGAAGAUAUGGCUGCUUAUUUUAGACAAGCUGCGUACGCACCAGAUGGGAGGCAAUACUAUGUGGCUGAGAACAGUUUGAAGAAAGUUCAAGAAGAAAGGGAUCGGUAUAGGAGUGGACAAAGAGACCAAGGAAGGCCAGGAAGCCAAUUCAGGCUUAGAUCUCAGGCUUUCAAAGGAAAACAGGUGCAACACGCAAGACCUAACCAUCCACCUCAAUGUCAAGUGUGUAAGAAGUCUCAUUUUGGAAGAUGUCCUGGAAGUGGAGUUAGGUGUUUUACUUGUCAGAGGGAGGGACACAUGUUUAGGGAAUGUCCUCAGAAUAAGAAUCAGAUGCAGGGGAGGAGCGUCGGUCGAGUUUAUACUUUGGAUGCAAGGAAGGCUAAGAGCAAAAAUGCCUUAAUUACUGGUACGUGUCUCGUCAAUGAAUAUCCUUGUUUUGUAUUGUUUAAUUGUGAGGCGACGCACUAUUUUGUAUCAAUUCAGUGCAUGAAGCGUCUUGGCUUGCAAGCAAUUCCCUUGUCUCCUCCUAUGGUGGUUACUACCGCCGUGGAUGAUGUGGUUCAGACACCAUUGAUUUGUGAAUAUUGUUCGCUCUCGCUGAAUGGUAGAGUUUUCCAGAUUGAUCUUAUUUGUUUACCAUUUAAGAAGGUUGAUGUGGUUUUGGGGAUGGAUUGGCUCUCUGCCAAUUCGGUGUUUAUUGGAUGCGAAGAGAAGUUGAUUAUCAUUCCAUAUAAUGAAUAA